UUUCUAUAUAGAGUAUAAACAUAAUAUGUGCAUAUAGUUAGGCAUAGUGUACGAGGAGAACUAGAUUCUUUGGCGAUUACAGCUGUCUCCAGCAAUAAUACGCCAUUAUUAGCGGCUGUAGGCUGACAUUAAAGACGCGUUGCGUUGUGUGUUCCACGAUAUCGCGGUCCUCUUAGGCAUAUGGAGAAUGUCGUAAAGAAAAGUAGCCCGACCGUGUUCCGCGGUGAUUUUUAAAUGUGGUCUGUCGAAUCAAAAUCUAAGGCGCCUCUUUAUAAAUUGCGAAGGCUUUUGGCGCACGUAUUAAUUAGAGUUGCCGGGAGGAGUUAACCUUAAAAAAUAUGUACUCACCCAGGGAUUUGGGAAAGCCGGAUUAUAUUAGUCUAAACAUUCACGACACUGCAUCAUUUGCUCGAGGAACCUCACGCAGUCUCUGGAGGCAAUGGAAUCAACUAUCUAGAUUUCAGAGGAAUAUUUUGUACUUUGCUGUGAUCACCAUCUUGCUUGUUAUAUUUUACCUUUUGCCUGGCGAAACAAAGAGUAAUAUUUUGAUAAAUGAUAAUGAUUAUGGAAAUGUUAAGGUGAUACAGGAUACUCCGAAACAUGAUAAGUUGGUUGAGGAAUUGGUAGUGGAUAAUGCUGAACAGGGUGGUGGGGCUGAUGGUGGGGAGGUAAUAGAAGAACCAGAAUUCCAACCAGAAAUCAAUCAGAUUGACGAUGACCAGAUAGGUGAACCACCGCAACCUAAACCUAAUGCCCUUAAAUUUGAUGGCCCACAAAAUGAUAGGCAAAGGGAAGUGAUAAAAGCAUUUAAACAUUCCUGGUAUGGAUAUAAAAAAUAUGCUUGGGGUCAUGAUAAUAUUAAACCAGUAUCAGCAGGGCAUCAUGAAUGGUUUGGCUUGGGACUGACUAUAGUUGAUGCUUUGGAUACAUUGUACAUAAUGGGUUUGAAUGAUGAAUUCGCGGAAGCUCGAGCAUGGGUCGAAAAUAGUUUACUGUUUACUCAUGAUCGUGAUGUCAACUUGUUUGAAGUUACCAUAAGAGUACUCGGUGGAUUGUUAGCAGCUUAUCACCUCUCAGGCGACAAACUCUUUCUUGAUAAGGCUACUGAUCUGGGUGAUCGUAUGAUGCCAGCCUUCUCAACGAGAUCCAGUGUUCCAUUCUCAGAUGUUAAUCUAGGCACUAAGAGUGCACACAGUCCAAAAUGGGGUCCUGAUAGCAGCACCAGUGAAGUUACAUCUAUACAAUUGGAAUUCCGUGACCUUAGUCGUAGUACUGGCCAGCCGAGAUUUGAGGCAGCAGUAGCAAAAGUUUCGGAACACGUUCAUCAGCUAGAGAAAUACGAUGGUUUAGUACCAAUCUUCAUUAAUGCAAAUACUGGUUUGUUCAGAGAGUACGCAACAAUAACACUUGGAGCACGAGGUGAUAGUUACUAUGAAUACCUAUUGAAGCAAUGGUUACAGACCGGAAAGACUAUUGAUUAUUUACGUGAUGACUAUUUGCUGGGUAUUGCGGGGACUCAAAAACAUCUCGUGCGGCGUACAGCAGUUAAUCAUUUCUUAUUUAUAGCGGAACUUAUAGGAGCGUCAAAAGACAUGAAACCGAAAAUGGAUCAUUUAACUUGUUAUCUGGGAGGGACGUUGGCUUUAGGUGUCCAUCAUGGAUUGCAACCAGAUCACAUGGAUCUGGCUCAAGAAAUUGUUAAAACUUGUUAUCAGACAUAUGCGAUCCAGCCCACCUUCCUUGCUCCUGAAAUUACGUACUUUAACGUUCAAAAAUUGGAGGAUGAGAAUCAUAUGGAUAUGUACGUGAAGUCAAAUGACGCGCACAAUCUUUUGCGUCCUGAAUUUAUAGAAAGUCUUUUCUAUAUGUGGUAUUUUACUGGAAACAAGACUUAUCAAAACUGGGGCUGGCAGAUAUUCCAGGCUUUUGAAAACUACACCAAAGUACCAAAUGGAUAUACCAGCAUCGGUAAUGUUCGCAAUGCGCAUAACGUACGACCGCGAGACAUGACCGAGAGCUUUUGGUUUGGUGAGACACUGAAAUAUUUAUACUUAUUAUUUGAUGACACGAGACAAUUAAUCAAUUUAGAUAGAUGGAUCUUUAAUUCGGAAGGUCAUCCAUUACCCAUUUAUGAGUCAUAAAAUUUAAUGUACUCACAAUUUAUACGAAACUCAACACAAAAGCUUAUAAUCUGAGUAUGCUUACUCAAACAAACUUCAUAUUGUCCACGCGCCCUAAAUUUUUCUACGAAAUAGCAAUGAUAUUACGGCUUCCCGAUUUAUUAUAAAUCCAAAACAGGAUUAUUUCCAGUCGGACUGUAGUUGCAGCACAAUAAUUGUACAUUUACUAUUUUACAAACUGCAAACAUUUUUAAGCACAGUUUGUGAUAUGGUACUUAUUUCCAUUAUCGUAAUUGUUACUCGCGACGUUAACGCAAGUGAUUUAUAAGGGAUAAAAAAAUAACGAAUAGAUUUAUUGAAAUGUCACAAAGAGAGUAGAGUCGUGUAUUGUGAUCUCCUAUAAUGAACGUUUAUGGUUAACUAAUGAGAAGCUGUUGUGAGGACAGGAUGUAUUAUACUCGUUAUCAUUAGGGGGGGAAAAAUGAAAAUUUUCUAGUCGUCAACUACUAAUCUAUAUCGUCCUAGAUAGUCUCAAGAAUUAUUAUUUUCUCUUAUUUCCCAAACAAUGCAAGCAACUGUCAGGAUCAACUGUCUUUGCUAAGUAUCCAUUAUGAGUGCAAUGAUGAUAGAAAUAGAGAAUGUCUGUCCUUAUAUACAAUAUACAGAUUAUUACGCUGCGAUAGAACGAAGGAAUCUUUUUUGAACAAAUUAUUAUUUCCCCAGAAGACUGUCUUAUGUAAUCGAUAUCCAUCAUCGUUUAUCAUUAUGAUGUCCCCUUCGUUGUUCCAACUAUAGUUUAAUCUCAAAUAAUUGACAGAUGAUAUAUCAUAUAAAAUGUACAAUCUAGGGAGAGUGUGUGAUCUUAUAUGUUGUGUGAAUUCCUCUCAGUGAUUUUACUUUGUAAAGUCAAGUUCAGAAAGUCGUAGUAAAGCAAGGUGAAAGAUUUGAGAUAUAACAGAUGUGAUUUUAAAUAUUUAGCAAUAAUUAAGCUGAUGAACAUGAAUUCUGAAAAUUAAUCGAUCGAAAUUAUGUGAUAGAUAAUGAGGCAAAUAUUAAUAUCAUUAGACUACUAUCCACUAAACGUUAAGAGAUAAAUGUGAAAAAAAUCACUUAGAGCGAACAAACCUUUAGCUUAAAGUCGAUCAGUGAUCAUGGUGACACUUAAAUUACCAGCUUAAUUUGUAAAUUAUAUUAUUACUCGUCUUUUCUGUAAAUAACAGUAAAUCCUAAAAAUAUAUAUUAUUAUAUGGGAUGUGGAAGACUUUGAGACGUGGCUUUGAGCUCGUUUACAUUCAUUACUUUUUCCAAUAUACAAGAUGAAAACGCACCAACUGAAAGGUUGGUUCUACCAUAGAAAGCAAAUGACCAAACUAGCUUCAUAAGUUGGUGGGUUUAGCCUGGGCAACCCUACAGACCCAAAACUCUAUAUAAAUAAAUCGGUUACCCUCUUUAGAAAGUAUAUAAUCAUUAAAUAAAAUCGUUAACUAACUUAAUUGUAAACUGCUGUCAACCAUGUCUCAAUGGCUCAUAUAAGUUUUCGGUAUGUGAAGAAAAAUAAAUACGUAACAUUCGACAUAAAA